AUGAGAGCUGUACGCUUCCAUGGAAGAUGUGAUAUCCGCAUUGAUGAGGUUGAAGAGCCAAUUUGUGAUAUCCAUGAGUAUCUUACUGGCCCAACGAUCGUCCCUGUCACGCCGCACCCAUUAACCGACGGGAAGCUGCCGACCACCCUAGGCCAUGAGUUCAGUGGCACAGUUGAAGAGGUUGGCUCAGGCGUUACAGGGUUCAAGGUCGGGGAUCGGGUUGUAGUCAAGCCUAACCUCUUCGACGCUACGUGUUCGAACUGUGCAAUGGGCAGGUUCAAUUGCUGUGAGAAGGUGGGAUUCAUCGGAUUCAGCAGUCAGGCAGGUGGUCUAUCGGACCACAUAGUCGUGGACAGCAGACAAGCGAUUCUGCUACCGGACUCCAUUCCACUCGACAUCGGUGCCCUGGUGGAACCUCUCGCCGUCGCAUGGCACGCCGUAAGCCGCAGCCCUCUGCAGAUAAAUGACACGGUACUAGUGGUUGGGGCUGGACCAAUCGGUCUGGCUAUCAUCCAGGUACUGAAAGUCAAAGGUAUUCCUUCGAUUAUUGCUGUGGAGGUCUCUGAGCGACGACGCGAAUUUGCCCUGGCCCUGGGCGCCACUGAGGUCCUUAAUCCCGUUGAUAUGGAUGCGGUUACGCAGAUACGUGCCUUGACAGGGAAUGUGGGUGCAGACGUGGUGUUUGAGUGUUCCGGAGCUCAGGGUGGGCUUGACACUGCGAUCACUGGACUUCGGGUGCGUGGGACGGCGGUCGUCGUGUCCUUGUGGGAGCAGAGGCCUACUAUUGAUACUUUUGCUGUUGUGUUCCAGGAGAAGCAUGUCAUAGGGGCUGCUCUUUAUGAUGGUGGGGACUUUGAGGCUGUGAUUGAUGAGAUUGCUUCCGGUGCUAUUCAGCCUCGCCCGAUGAUCACAAGUAAGAUCCGAAUGGAGGAUGUGGAUGAGAGAGGGUUCAAAGCUCUCAUCGAAGAGAGAGAUAAGCAUGUAAAGAUCCUGGUCGACAUUUCUGCAUAA